AUGGCAGAGAACGUGCCUCCAAACUCAGCGACCAAGUCCGCGGCCAAUGGCGACCGGCCUGGUUUGCCAUAUUACGAGAAAUUGCGACGCGAUCUGCGUGACACCCUGCAGAAGAAGCGACUGCUUGAUCGCAACAUGACCGCCAUCGAAGAUCAGAUCUACAGGUCAGAGACUUCAUAUCUCGAAGAUACAUCUGCCGCGGGCAACAUCGUUAAAGGUUUCGACAAUUACAUCAAGGCAUCUGCCCUGUCCUCCUCAGCCAACUCUGCCGGAGGUACUAUCUCGGGCAGCGCAGCGGGCGGUGGCUUGGGUGCGAGUCGGAGAAAGACUGCCGUGAACGAUGGAGACAGAGUCUUCUCGAAGAGCUCAACAUCCUAUCUGCGAGAUUCGGAUACCCCUAGCAGUGCUGUGAGCACUCCCAACCAUGCUGCUACGCCGACCGGCAGCUUCGCCGCCGAUAGGGCUGGAGACAAGAAGAAAAAGAAGAACGUUGCCAAUGACGAAGAAUCGGACUCGAGGCCUAGCAAGAGGCAGAAGAUCAGCUUUAAUGCUGGGCGAAAAGGGCAGGAUGAUUGA